AUGAUUGAUCCAUUCUGCAACGAAGCGCUCAAGCGCUUAGCACAGGCUGGGGACCAGAACAUUAAACUCCAGAAAGAACGCGACGAUUUGGAAAGAGAGCGAAAUGAAUUGCGGAAGCAAGUGGAAGAAUUGAGACGAGAAGCCUCCCAGAAACGCGUCGAGGCGCCUUCCCCGCAGGAUAAAUCAAGCGUCGACGCCGUUAAACAGCUCAGCGAGCUGGAGAUGGGGAUUAAGCAAGCGCAAGAGAGCUAUCGGAAGAUUGAGAACCAGUUGAAAGAGAACCAUGCCAAAAUUGGUGAACUGGUGGCUAGUAACCAGCGACUGCGUAAUGAACGCGGUCUUUUCCAGCAACAAUGUCGGGCUCUAGCUGCGAGCUUGGAAAGCAGUGAAGCGAACCUCAAGGAUGCUCUAAGGCAGUACGACGAACUGCGUCACCAGCUUGCUCACCCUGUUAAGACUGAAGCAGCGCCCGUCGCGUCUGUAAUCCGGAAUACCCUGUCUCCUCCAGUCGAAAAACAGUACAAGGCUCAAAUAACAGCUCUGGAGGCUGAGGUGUCUCGAUUGACAUUGGCCAACAAAGAACUGCAGCAGGAGAAGGAGCGCUAUAGACAAGAAGCUGAGACUGCGUCACAGAGACUCAGCAAGUACCGGAACAAUGAUCAUACGUUACGGGAAAACCUUGUGAAGCUUCAGGGAGAGUUGACACGCAAGCGGAGCACUAGUAUCCAUAGCAGAGAUUCCUCGAUAGCCUCUGGCAGCCAGGUGGAUGCAGCCUCUAUCAGAAGUCAACGGUCGACCGCCUCGACCUCGGCGAUACCCUCGGCGUCGUCAUCUGCUCUCUCUGUAAAGCAAGAAUCGUCUUCCAGUGCCCUUGCGAAGCCCCGUCAUGGGGCCUCAACCGCCCUGCCUCUUAUUGAUCUCGCUCAAAUUGAUGAAGGUGCAGGGGAAGAAGAUCAGGCGCCCACGCCGCGGCCGGCUUAUACAGGUUUGGAGUCAAUACCUGCGCCUAGGCGACGUGAACUCGCCAGUCUCCCUAUUAUUAUUCCAGCCGUCGCGAUUUCAGAUUUAGACAAUGCAUUCAGUCGGGACUUUAUAUCAAAUGUACUGGGUGGGAGCAUACAGCCUCUAAUUGUCAGCGUGAGUAAGCAACCUCCUUUGUCUAAGGAGAGGGAAGUACGGAAGUACCUCUGCCCAGGGCUUGACCACAACCCGUGGUGCCCCUCAAUUCCCGGCCACCACGGCUACAUCUUCGUUGGCCUCGGCCGCGAGAAGACGACUUUCCAAGAGCCGGAGAUUCACAACGUCUUCGUCGGCGUAAAAAAGGGGAAAGAAAACCGACGGUUCAGGUACCUUGGCAAGUAUCGUGCGGUCAGAGUUAACCCUCUCACUCCUGACGAGUGGAAUUUCUUGGAUGUCAAGGUGCGAACAACAUAUGCGAAGACUACGAAGGACAAGACCAAGGAUUCCCGUUCGGUGGAGGCUAUAAUGAAAGCCUACGAAACGGGGGAACUCUCAGUUCCUUGUGUUAUGUUGCAGUGUAUAGGAUUUGAUGAAAACCUGUAUACCGCGUUGGUGGCUCAAGCUGCAAAGCCGCCUGCCAGCGCACAAUGGAAGAAGAUCUCGUCUUCUUCCAGUUCUCGGUCCAAUAAACGGGCUUUGGAUGACUACGAUGCCGAUCAAGACGAUUCGAGUCGCCAUAAGCGGCGUACACUAACAACUUCAAGGCGGGCGUCUUGA